AUGCGCUUACGCUCCAAAGCUGCUGUGAAAGACUGGCCCAAUACCAUCACUAACCUGGUACAACAGAAGCUUAAAGCCAAACAGUUACGUGAAGAAAAGGAAGAGGAAAAAAGGAAGUUACUUGAUUUGGAAGAAGCACAGUUCCAAGCAGGAAAACGGAAGGAGGUUCUUGAUCGUGCGAAAACCUACCUAUUCCAUCAGAAUGACAGAGUGAAAGCAUUCCAUAAUGCAUUUCUACUUUCUGAGGUCCUAAGAGAAAGAGAUGCUCAAGUUGAAUUGAAAAAGUUAAAGUCAGAUGUUAACAAAAAGAAGAAUAAAGAAAUAGAACAUAAAGAUACAGAAGCUAUUUCCAGGGAAAAAGAAAAGGCACAUCAACAUUAUCUGAAUCAACAGGCACUGCGCAGAUAUCAACUAGAACAAAUAAAGGAGCAUGAGCAUCAGGCAGAUCUGGCCAAGCAAGAAGACAAAAGAGAAGGGGAACAAAUACAGAGAUUGUACCAGUUGUACCAAAAGGAAAUUCAGAGAAAAAUGGAAAAGAAAAAGGAGGCAAAAGUUGAACACCAGAGGCUGCAUCAUGAGCACUUAGCUAACCAGAAAAUACUCAAAGCCAUAGAGGAACAAAAGCAAAUGGAAGAAGAUGAUCGGAUCAACGCUUAUUUUAAAGCAAAGGAAAGCAUUGCCAAGAUGGUAAAAGAGAAAGAAGCCGAAAUGCGUAGAGUACGGCAGGAACGUCAGGACAAAAUGGUUAACCAGUUAGCUGCACAAAUGAAUGAGGUAUUAAAGAAGGAAGAUGACAGUUUUGCUAAAGAUGUUGCAAAAAAAGAAGCUGAAGAAAUAAAAAAACGCGAAGAGAAAGAAGCAAAAGAAAAAGCAGCCAUUGAAUCUAUUGCUGAAUACAGAGCCACUGUGAUGAAGAGGAAAGAGGAAAAGGAGAGAGAGGAAAAAGCAGAGGGUAAAAAAGAACGUGAUGAGAUAACGGAAAAGUACCGCAUCUACCUGGAAAAGGAAAAAGCCAAGAAACAAAAACAACACAACGCAAGCAUGGAAGUGCAGGAAAUUCUGAUCCAGCAAAUGGCUGAAAAGCAGGCCAAAAAACAGCAGGAAAAACAAGCAGACUUGGACUACGAAACUCAGAGAGAGGCUAUUGCACUCUGUAAGGAGCGUGAAUUUCAAAGCUAUGCAAAGGAAGUUAUUGAAUCAGAGUCCAAGGCUACACAUCAUCUUUAUCCUCUUCUCAAAGCAUCCAAAAUGGAAGAGGACUAG